CCAAAAAUACAGUGGGUGGUCCGCCCAGUUCUAACUAGUGUAUUUAACAAAGUUCACCUACGGGUAGUGUAUGCCCAUGGGCGAUUUGUCUUGGUUUCCCCCUUUUCCCACCAGCAACAAACAAACACCAUAACCAAAAACAAUACUCACAGGUGAUGACAAAGUGCUAUGAAGUGCUUAAACAAAAGAGAGGUUAAGACACAAAGCGAGAGUGAAACACAGAGACCUACAAACAUGGCAUUUACAGAGAGAUUGCGCUCUAGAACAAACAAAUGAUGGGGUUUUUAAACCAUGGGGAAGGAUCUGUGAUAGGUUAGGAAAUAGGAGGUGUGUCUUCUGAUUGAUGAUUGAUUGUUGACUGAUUGGGGAGUGAUGAUUUUCACCUGUGAGGGGAGAAGGAGAGAAAAUAAACACACACAGGAUAACUGUAUCCGUAACAGCCUUAGAAAUCAGUAUAUACCAGUGUUUAAGCCUACGCAAGGUCAAUGACGACCAGCCAACAGUGCUGCAGAGAUCACAAUGUGUUAGACGUUAUUGAUUUGUAAUGAACCUGAGGGUUGCAUGAUACGCUGAAUCAAGUGCUCUCAGGGUAGUGGUUGAGGCCUGCAUAUAUAAAACACUAAAAUCUAAAGCCGCCAGUAAUGUACAGUUGAAGAGCGGUAUGACGGCUGCGUGGUCCAAUGGUGUUUAUACUUGCAUACUAUUGUUUGUACAGAGGAACGUGGUACCUUCAAGCGUUUGGAAAUUGCUGCCAAGAAUGAACCAGACUUGUCAAGGUCUACCAUUUUUUUUCUGAGGUAUUUUUUUCUGAUUUCUUUUGAUUUUCCUAUGAUGUCAAGCAAAAUGGCACUGAGUUUGAAGGAAUGUGAAGACCUAAAGAAGGAAAAUAAGUAUCUAUCCAAUGAGAUCCACAUGGAGCGGAUUAUGAUGCGGACAGAGAAUGAACUCACCAUGAGGAACCUGAGAAACCUUAACCAGGAGCUCCAGGCCCAGGUCAAAGAGCUGAAGAACAAGGUGUACCUGGCCCAGCAGAGGGCGACGUUGUGCACCCGAGUGGCGGAUGAGGCGACCGAUGCGCGGGGCGAGGCAGAGAAGCACAGGGCCCUUGCAGAGGCCCGGGCCCACAGCCUAAGGCAGGACAGAGAACUGACGGAGGCAGACAGGAGCCAACUGAGCGAGGACCUGCUGAAGCUAAAAAGACAGCACCAAGACACUCAGCUUCUUCUGGCACAAACGGAGAAGAACUAUUUUGAGACAAGGCUGAAGCUAGACAGGAUAUCAGGAGAGAAACAGGCUCUGCUGGAAGAAAACAGAUGUCUGGAGGGGGACAAGGAUGCUCUGAGGCACAAACUCAGACAAGUGAUGGAUGAGAACACAAAAGUCAAUGAAAAGGAGGUGAGAUCGAGGCACAGGGCGUUGGUAGCGGAGGAGCAGAGUGAGAAGGACAGCCAGGCGAAGCAGGAAGCUAACCAGGAGAGGCGGCUGGUUGAGAAGGAGAGGCAGGAGCGCACAACCGAGUGUCUCAACUGGAGGGAGAAACAUCAGGCUCUGGCAGACAUCUUCAAAGCCCAGGAGGACCUCAAGUCUCAGAGGCAGAGCAAAGCAUGUCAAGCUACUAUCAAAAGCUUUUUCCUCUGCAUGACAGAAAAUGACCAGAGGGUGAAGAUUCUGAAGAAUCAUGAUGGCACUCCCAGGAACUUCACAGAAGGGGAUCCAAUCUUCAUCUCCACACCAGAGCAUGGGGCUGAGGAUGCUGACAAGAGCUCAUCCAGGAGCAUGUUCAGAGUAUCUGCCCCGCGAGUGGGAAAGGACCUGGGCCCAUCUCACUUUGGUGAUCUGUCUCCCGGCCUGGGAGGGGAGCACGAGGUCGGGCAUCCACGGAGAAGCAGGAAAACGGUGGAAUAUUUCUGGAUCCCAACAGAUGAGGAAUGAUGGCAUUGUUCACUGACGAGUUACAACCCAUUUCGGAAUAGCCUGUUUAGUUUGUUGAUGCUUUUCUAUUUACCAAGGGAAAAAUGGAAUGUGUCGUUUAAAUGUAAAGAGUAGUCAACUUUCAUGAUGCAAAAGAUGAAACGACAACUAAUCAUGAUCGGCAUG